CGUUUUCAUUGCUGAUUAAAUGGCCAGUUUGUUGCCGAAUCGGGCUGGAAGUGCAUCAGGUGCUCAAUAUAUGGAUGAGAAUUUUGGUGAUUCGAGAAUUAUGGCUGAUGUUGAACCAAUUUUAGCCUCGUCCGGCGAUGGAUUUUUCAAAAAAUUACCAACAAUACCGGUAUUUAGCAUUCAUUUGAGUUUGUCCGUUACCAUUUCAUUUGUCGGCAUUGCCUUGUCCGUUUCAUGGCCAGAGGAGCUGCAUGAUAAAGCCUAUUUUAUAAUGACAUGCUUGAGAGUCACAUUUUGGUUGAUAACAUUUCUCUUUGAUCAUCUUAUACGCAAACGUCAUAAUGAUUUAAGAAUGAACGGUUAUCAUGAUUUCCAUCGUACCAUUACAAUGCAUAAUGGUGUUGCAUUGAAUGUUGUCUCUGCCUGGAAUACUAUAUUGUUAUUGACUCAAGCGUUACUGCAUCAUUUGGAAGGAAGCGUUAUGUGGAAUUCAUGGUUUACACCGAUAUCGUGUAUGGUGGCAUUGCAAGUGGCCGAAACAAUUAUUUUGAUGGCAACACAUGGUUGUUAUAUUGCUAAAGUUUUCAAAUUUAAUAAAAACGCAAAUGCCCCAGAUGCCUUGAUGGGUACAAAUACAUCUUCUGGUUCUUUGGGUCUUAUGCAGCCAGGUGGUAAUGUGGCUGAACUUUUAGAGAAACAGGCUGACUUAAUAGCUUACCUUAAGGAUCACAAUCAAACGUUGAAUCAGAAACUGCAUCAUAUGCAAUUAAAUACACGAGUUAGUCCUUUGGGCCAUUGAGAACAAAAAAACUU